AUGGCGCCACGACGCGCGGGACAGCCCUUUCGCCGAGUGGGCAAGAAUGGCAACACAUCGUAUGGUCCGCGGAAACCACAAACAGUCGAUGCCUCGUCGCUACGAAGCACAGAAGCCACAUCGAAUAAUGAGAAAGUUGAAUCCACACGCCUCGCCAACCGCAUCGAUGAGUCCAUGGGCUUUGCACGCUUCGACUCGGGCAAGAAGAGAGUGGGGUGGCUCGUCAACAUGCACUCGACCACUGUUGAGGAUGGAGAUGUUCCAGGUGGCAAGGCUGGUGUCGACUUCUACUUUAUCGGCGAGGACGGCGACACAUUCAAAGCGACGCUCGAGUACGAUCCAUAUUUCCUGUUGGCGGUGAAGAAGGGCAGAGAGCAUGAGGUGGAGGAGUACUGUAAGCGGGCAUAUGAGGGGCUCAUCAAGAACAUAAAGACCAUAGAGAAGGAGGACCUGAGCAUGCCAAAUCAUCUUACUGGGUACCGGAGGAAAUUCCUCCAACUCUCCUUCGCCAACGUCAACGACCUGCUGGCUGUCAGGAAGGCGGUCAACCCCGUGGUCGAGAAGAACAAGAAGAAUGUCAAUGCCAUGGACACCUACGCAGAGGUUGCAAACGGCAAUGGCGCUUUUGACUUCUUCGAUAACGACGAAUACGAAUACGAGAAACGAUUUACGACUACUGUUGAUGCCAGCGAUUUCAUUUUGGAUAUUCGGGAAUACGAUGUUCCCUACCACGUACGAGUAGCCAUUGACAAGGACGUGCGAAUUGGAAACUGGUAUACUGUCGAGGCCAAGCAUGGCGUAAUAUCAAUCAAAUGUAUAGAGGACCGCCUCACGCCUGCCGAUCCCGUCGUCAUGGCGUACGAUAUCGAAACGACAAAGUUACCACUCAAGUUCCCCGACGCUGCCAUCGAUCAGAUCAUGAUGAUAUCAUAUAUGAUUGACGGCCAGGGUUUUCUAAUCACCAACCGCGAAAUCGUAUCAGAAGACAUCCAGGAUUUCGAAUACACGCCGAAGCCGGAAUACCAAGGUCCUUUUAUGAUCUUCAACGAGCCGGACGAGAAGGCCCUGCUGGAACGAUUCUUUGAGCACAUCAAGAUAGCUAAGCCAACAGUCAUAGUCACGUACAACGGAGACUUCUUCGAUUGGCCAUUCGUCGAAGCAAGGUCUAGUGUACAGGGCAUCGACAUGUACCAAGAGAUUGGCUUCAGGAAGAACAGCGAGGACGUAUAUCAGUCGGACUACUGUGCGCAUAUGGAUGCUUUCUGCUGGGUCAGCCGAGACAGUUAUCUUCCACAAGGAAGUCGUGGUCUGAAAGCUGUCUGCUUGGCUAAGCUCGGCUACGACCCAGACGAACUCGACCCCGAGUUGAUGACACCGUAUGCUGCUGAGCGGCCCCAGACCCUUGCAGAGUACUCCGUUUCCGACGCUGUUGCGACUUACUAUCUGUACAUGAAAUAUGUGCACCCCUUCAUCUUCGCUCUGUGUAAGAUUCUCCCAUUAGGUCCGGAUGAUGCGCUACGGAAGGGUACAGGUACCCUAUGUGAGAUGCUGUUGAUGGUGCAGGCAUAUCAAAAGGGCAUCGUAUUGCCUAACAAACAUCAAGCACCGAAGGAAGCCUUUUGGGAAGGUCACCUACUGGAAUCGGAGACCUAUGUCGGAGGUCACGUCGAGGCGCUGGAAGCUGGCGUGUUCAGAAGCGACAUUGCCUAUAACUUCGCUGUCGAUCCUACGGCCAUCGAUGAAUUACUGAACGAUCUCGACGCGGCACUCAAGUUCAGCAUCGAAGUGGAAGAGAAGAAGAAGAUGGAGGAUGUUACCAACUAUGACGAGAUCAAAGCUGAAAUCGUCGAAAAGUUGUUGCAGCUCAGGGAAACGCCUAACCGCAGUGAACGACCGCUGAUUUACCAUUUGGAUGUCGCAUCUAUGUACCCGAACAUUAUGACAACAUAUCGGUUACAACCAGAUUCUAUGAUCAAUGAAGGCAACUGCGCAGCCUGCGACUUUAACCGCCCGGGCAAGACCUGCGAUCGCCGGAUGCCGUGGGCCUGGAGAGGUGAAUACCUACCUGCCAAGCGUGACGAAUACAACAUGGUUCGCAACGCCUUGGAAAACGAGCAGUUUCCGGGCAGGUUCCCCAAUUCGCCAAAGCGCACCUUUCAAGACCUCUCGGCGGAUGAACAGGCCACCUUGAUCAGGAAACGUCUAACGGACUACUCCAAGAAGAUUUACCACAAGGUGCACGACGCUACUACAAUCGAACGCGAAGCCAUCAUCUGCCAGCGUGAGAACCCAUUCUACGUUGACACCGUCAGUGGCUUCCGUGACCGCCGAUACGACUUCAAGGGCAAGCAGAAGGUGUGGAAGGGAAAGACCGAGGCUUUGAAAGCAGCUGGCGCUCCUGCGAGCGAGAUUGAGGACGCAAAGAAGAUGAUCAUUCUGUUCGACUCUAUGCAGUUGGCUCACAAAGUCAUUCUGAACUCCUUCUACGGAUACGUCAUGCGAAAGGGAUCUCGUUGGUACUCACUCGAAAUGGCUGGUGUUACUUGCUUGACUGGUGCUCGUAUCAUUCAGUUGGCUCGCUCUCUGGUAGAGCGCAUUGGACGACCCCUAGAGCUGGAUACUGACGGUAUUUGGGCCAUUUUACCUGCGACGUUCCCGGAAAACUUCUCUUUCAAACUCAGCAACGGCAAGAAACUGACCAUCUCGUAUCCCUUAGACCCCGAGACGUUUCGUUACGAGAAACACAGCGACAACUCCAUCUUCUUCGAAGUCGACGGCCCGUACAAGGCUAUGAUUCUCCCUACAUCGAAAGAGGAAGACAAGAACUUGAAGAAGCGCUAUGCAGUUUUCAAUCACGAUGGCAGCUUGGCAGAGCUGAAGGGUUUCGAGGUCAAGCGUCGUGGUGAGUUGAAGCUCAUCAAGAACUUCCAAGCCCAGAUUUUCAAGUUCUUCUUGGAGGGUACAACGCUAGAAGAGACGUACGGUGCAGUUGCCAAGGUAGCGAACCGAUGGCUUGAUAUUCUGGACACUCGCGGCGCCACCUUGGCCGAUGAAGAGCUGAUUGAUCUCAUUGUUGAGAACAAGAACAUGACGAAGACGCUGGAGGAAUACGGAACGCAAAAGUCGACUGCCAUUACGACUGCUAAGCGUCUUGCUGAAUUUUUGGGCGAGCAGAUGGUAAAAGACAAGGGCUUGAACUGCAAGUACAUCAUCUCAAAGACGCCGCGAAACGCACCGGUCACUGAGCGUGCCGUUCCACUGGCAAUUUUCUCAGCCGAAGAGUCAGUAAAACGAUACUUCUUGAGGAAAUGGUUACGCGAAGACCCUGGAGAGAUGGACAUUCGGACAAUAUUGGACUGGGACUACUACCGCGAGCGCCUGGCAUCCGUCAUUCAGAAGCUCAUCACCAUUCCGGCAGCCUACCAGAAAGUUCGAAACCCUGUUCCUAGGGUACCGCACCCAGACUGGCUCAACCGCAGGAUCCGGCAGAAGGAAGACAAGCUCCAACAGACCAAGAUGACGGACAUGUUCAGUAAGAAAGUGCUGACCAAUGGUGACGCCAACGUCGCGAACAAUAAGGGGUCUGGAGACUUGGAAGACUUUGGCUCUUCCAAGUUGACGCAGAAUCAGUCGCAGAUGAAGAAAGGUAUCGUCACCAAGAUGGUUGCGAAACGUAAGGAGCCCGAGCCGGCCGUACCCAUUGUCGACCCAUAUGCAGCGCUACCUAAGGUCAUGCCGAGCAUUGACAAAGACUACUCCGGUUGGUUGAUGUACCAGAAACAAAAGUGGAAGAUUCAGAAAGAGGCACGGAAGCGAAGACGGCAGUUGUUCGGAGAGAAGGCCGUUGAUUCGUCGGAUGCGAUUGGCACCUUCUUCAGGAACCAGGCUCAAUCUCUGUACAUCAGCACAUGGCAGCUUGUACAACUACGACCGACGGAGACACCAGGAGAAGUCCGCGCUUUCGUGUUGAUCGACAAGAAAAUCCACGCCCUCAAGAUUAUCGUACCACGACAACUAUACCUCAACUUAAGAAGCGAGGAUCUUCCUGAUGUUUCUAUUAGCGGGUGCUCGGUCGAAAAGGUCGUCAAUCAUACCUUGCCAAACGGACAUCCUUCUAUCCAUCUUUUCAAGCUCCAGAUGUCCGAGGAAACUUACGUCAACGAAGCAAAAACCAUUUCGGCUCUCUUCAAUCACUCUAGCGUCGAAGGUGUCUACGAGAAGCAGGUACCACUCAACAUCCGGGCCAUCCUUGAGCUCGGUAGCACAUGUACAUUCGAUGAAACACAAAAGGGUGUUCUCGGGAAGGGUCUCGAGCAAGGUUUCGACCUAUCUUCGCUGCACAAAGUACGAACCAAGGAGCCAUACCUGGCUGAGGCGCCCUUCAACUACCUGUACCUCUACCAUGUCAGUAGUGGAGACCGCAAUAUAUAUGCCAUCUUCUCGACCUCUAAGAGUGAUGCGCAUAUCAUCAUCCAGAAUAAGUCAAAGGACUCUCAGGGUAUGCCCAAUGUGGAUCGGAUCUACCGCGAUGCUCUGCAGCGACGGUUGGAAGACAACAACGGCGAGCCAUGGCAAGCCAUGAUUGAGUACCAAGACGAUAUCCACUUCAAGACUACAAUGGUCACUACCAAGCGCAAGGCUCUACUGGAAAUUGGGGACGUCAUCAAGAGGAUGAAGGCAGACGAAUCUGGGCCGGUCAUUGUCGUUAUGCAAUCACCAAACCACGCUCUUCUUUCACACGACGUACCUAUCCUCAAGGAUAUGCCCAUCCUACCACUCCAUCCCGAUGAGUCUGACAAGCAACUACCGCCACUCGGUUGGCAAGCGUUCAUUGCCAGACGGUUGGUAGGCCAUUACCUUGAUCUCGGAUCCUGGGUUGCACAUCUACUGGAGCUUGCCCGUUACGGAGAUGUCCCGCUCUGCAAUCUCGAGAGCAACGACCCCCGCUUCCUCAUUGAUGUGGCGUAUGCAAGACGCUUGCAGAAGGACCGAGUGAUUCUAUGGUGGUCUGGUCAGGCGAAGCCGGAUCACGCUGGUUAUGAGAAGGACGAUGUCCUUGCACCUCUGGAAACGGUGGAGAUGCCGUCCAUCAACAACCCGGGUACCUACUCGUCUGUAUGCAUCGACAUCAAUGUGCGCAAUCUCGCCAUCAACACUAUCCUGUCAUCGUCUCUAGUCAAUGAGCUUAAGGGCGCAGACUCCGUUUCUUUCAAUCCUGCUCCGUCUUAUGACUCUACAAACGAUGGCUCCAAUGUCUUUCACUCUGACAACGCCUUUGCAAGCGCGGGUAUCACUGUUCUUAGAGAGAUGGUAAAGGACUGGUGGGUUGAGGCUGUCCAAGCCAAUCACGGUUUUAGUAUGGCAGAUGUGAUGGUACAACACCUCGUCCGCUGGGUCAGCAGUCCAGGAUCGUUCCUCUACGAUCGUUCUCUGCACUAUUACGUGCAAAUGAUGUCUAAGAAGACGCUACAACAACUGAUGACGGACUUUAAGCGCGUAGGCUCACACAUCGUCUUCGCUAGUCCGAACCGCCUUCUGCUACAGACCACCAAAGCCGAAGUUGGCAACGCAUACUCGUACAGUCAAUACAUUAUCAAGACAAUCAAGUUGAAGCCGCUGUUCCAGUUCAUGGAGCUCGAAAUCAAAGAGUACUGGGACUACCUAGUCUGGUACGAUGAGUUCAACUACGGAGGCAAGGGCUGCAGCGAGGUGACGGAAGACGAGAACCAACCUGUCGAGAAUAUUAUGUGCUGGCAGCUAGCACAGUUCUUGCCACCAAAGUUCCAGCCCACGUUCAACGACUGGGUCGUCGAGUUCAUCGAGCUCAUGCACGCGCGGAAACGCCCUCAGAUCACAGAAGACGGCUCAACGCCGCGGGUCACUCAAAUUCCACUGCGUCCGCUGACCGUGGAUCCGAACGAGCAAACACAGUUGCUUCCCAAGACGUUUACCAAGCCACUGUCAAAACAGAUGAAUGUGUUUGCCAAGAAGCAACACGCAGAGAUUCUGGACCCUCUCUUCGCAUCCGAUUACGUCUUCCCCGAACUCCCAGGCUCGCAUCUCAAAUUCAACAAUGCAGUCCUGCAGCUCGUCAAAAGUAUCAUGCAAGUCCUCUCCCUCGACCGCGCCAUAUCUCUCGAAGCACGCGCGCUGCGAAAAGAGCUCCUCAACCUCUUCGACAUCAAAGAGUUCAGCGCAGAAGCAACCUUUGUAAACCCCAGCGCCGCCCUCGUAGUCCGAGGCGUCAUCUGCGACGAAUGCACCUCGUCUCGCGACCUAGACCUCUGCCGCGACUCCUCGCUGCUCCCCGUAGUCGUCUCCAACAAUAGCGACGCCGCUCCCGUGCUGCCAAAGUGGAAAUGCGACAACUGCGAAUCCAGCUACGACAAACGCCGCAUCGAAGAGCAACUCGUGGGCGAGGUCCAGAAAAUGGUUCUCGAAUGGUGCACACAGGAUCUCAAAUGCGCAAAAUGUAAGAGACUACGGUCAAACGAGUUCAUGGAACAUUGUGCUUGUGCGGGCGAGUGGGUGGCAACGAAGAACAGGCAAGAUAUGAAGAAGAGGGCUAUGGUAUAUGGGAACGUGGCGAAGUUUUAUGCUCUGGGUAUGUUGGAGGCUGUGGUGGAGGAGUGUUUAGAGGCCUUCUAGAAUAGCCCAUGGGUGUUUUGUCGGAUUUGGGGGUAUCCCUUGAAAGGAAAAGGGCGGAAUUACGGCGCACUUAGAUGGCGGGAUAUCUGUUUUUGUUCAAUCAAAUCUUUAGUAUCC